UCUUGCUAAGUAGUUCAGGCUGACCUUAAACUCCUGGCCAUCCUCCUGCCUCAGCCUCCUGUGUGCUGAGAUUACAGCUUCCCAAAUUCUGGGACUACAGAUGUGCAGCACCAUGCUCAGCUUUGACGACAUUCGAUUUUUCGUGCUGUUUUCAAGCUGCUAAAGAUUUGCUGAAUGUGGAAGAUUCACCAGAAGGAGCAAGCCUGGCUUGAGGCUGCCCAGACCUUCAUCCAAGAGGCUGUUUGUCCAGCUGACAAGGAGCCUACUGCUCAUUUGACUCAGUCGGUAAUUGACUGUGUGAAGAGGAUUUGGUGUUCCCAGGGAAGGAACCAAGGUUUUGGACUGCCCCUCAGCUACAGCUUUGUCUCAGUACAAAAACUGAGGAGCCGCCAUCAUCCAUGCUGCAGCCACCUGUCCCGGAGCUGUAGUGCAUAUGAGACUUGGGCCCAAGAGGCUGGGCCAAAUGGGAACCCCCUGCCCCAGGAGCAGCUGUUACUUUUAGGGACACUAACAGACCUAUCACAGGACUUGGAACAAGAAUGCAGGGAUGGAAGCCUCUUUGUGAGAGAUAACACUGGAAUCCUGGGCUGUGAGCUCAUAGAUUUGGACCUUUCUUGGUUGGGCCAUCUCUUCUUGUUCCCCAGUUGGAGUUACCUUCCUCCUGCCAAGUGGAAUUCCUCAAGGGAAGGGCACUUGGAGCUCUGGGGUGCCCCUGUGCCAGUGUUUCCUUUGGCCAUCAGUCCUGACCCUCUCACACCAAUCCCUGUCCUGUACCCAGAGAUUGCAUCCCGUGUGCUCAGACACAGAAGCAAGCUCAGAGAGGUGCAGUCAAAUCUAGCCGGGAAGCUGGUCCGGUUGAGUCCUCUGGUAAGAAGUCAGCAGAAGACAUACUUCGUCCUGUCUCUUGGUGAAUCACCCCUAGCUGUCGGCCAUGCUGUCAGCCAGGUGCCUAUCAUUGUGCAGAUCCCUGCCCAACUGGUGUGGCACCGAGCCCUUCGGCCUAGUGAGGACUAUGUGCUGACAGGACUUCGAGUAUCCAGGAUCCAUGGUCACCGUUACCGUGUUUGGACAACCACUCCCUCUUCGAAUCUGAUGCUGCUAAAUCCAGAAUGUGUGCAAGAGCUAGAGCUGGAAGGACCCUUCUUGGAAGCUGAGCCCAAACGGUUCUCUGUGCCCAGCAACUCUCCAGACCAGAAGGAGCAAAAAACUCUUUCCCGGAACUCCACACUCUUACACUAUAGGGGAACAGUCACUGGCGUGUUGAAUGAGCCCGCUGGCCUCUAUGAGUUGGAUAGGCAGCUGGAACUCUGCCUUGCAUACCAGCAGUUCCAUGGUCUUAGGCGGGUGAUGCGACCGGGAGUCUGUCUAGAGCUCCAGGAUGUUCACCUCCUCCAGUCGGUAGGUGGAGGGACAACAAGGCCAGUACUAGCAUCCUGCCUCCGUGGUGCCAUUCUACUUCGGAGCUUUUCUUGUCAGAAGCCUGGGACUCAGUCAUCCCACCAAGUUCAUGAGGCCACCUUGUAUGAACAGUUGAUAUGGAAACGUCAGUUAGGACUUCCCCUCUACCUGUGGGCUAUCAGGGCCCUGGUAGAGCUGGUCUGCAAGCUGUGUCCCCAUGUGCUGAGACACCACCAGUUCCUGCAGCAUUCUUCUGGGAACCCCAGUCUGGGACUGCAACUCCUGGCUCCUGCCCUAGAUGAUCUAGCUCCACCAAGUAGCACCAUUCGGAAUGCACACAAUGAGAUCCUUGAAGAACCACAUCACUGUCCUCUCCAGAAAUAUACUCGGCUGCAGACUCCCUACUCUUUCCCCACUCUGGCCAUGCUGGCAGAGGAAGGGCAGCAUAAGGCUUGGGCUUCCUUUGAUCCAAAAGCCCUUCUGCCCCUCCCAGAGGCUGCCUACCUAACCAGCUGCCAGCUCAAUCGGCGCCUGGCCUGGUCCUGGUUCUGUCUGCGAUCCUCUGCUUUCCAUCCAACCCAGGUUUUACUCGGGAUUCUCGUAGCUUCAUGUUGUAAAGGUUGUCUGCGACUUAGGGACCAAAGUGGUUCCCUGUCCUGCCUACUGCUGGCCGAGGACUCUCAGCCUGUCACUGACUCACGGCUCAUAGGCUGCCUGGUGCGGGCAGAGAGGUUCCAGUUGAUCAUAGAGAGGAAUGUCAAGAGCAACUUUCCUUCCUGGAAGGAGCUGGGCAUGGGAGACUUCAUCCAGAAGCGGAAAGCCAGAGUCUAUGUCCAGUUCUUUCUUGCUGACUCCUUGAUCCUGCCUGUGCCCAGAUCUGCACUUCAUGCACCCACUCCCUCAGCACCUCCUCAGACAGAGCCCACCUGCCCAGAAGGACCCCAUGUAGGACAGAGCCGGCUAUUCUUGCUGUCCCACAAGGAGACCCUCAUAAAACUGAACUUUUGUGCCUCCUCAAGAGCCAGUGCAGAGGUGCUCAAACCCACCUUCAGUUUCCAGGUGUCAGGGAUCUGGCUUGGGGGCACCCAGAGGAAGGAGGGAACUGGAUGGGGCCCACCUGAGCCCCUGAAAGAUGAGAACAAGGAUCAGAAGGUUCUUCUCCUCUUCCUUGGCUCUUCAGUCCGCUGGUUUGCAUUCUUGCACCCAGGGCAAGUGUACCGACUUGUCACCCCUCACUCUACACCAAUGUUGUUUGAGGCAGAGGGUUCAUCCUGCACAUCUCAGCGUCCUCUGGAGUUGGCUGGCUGUGUGUCCUGCCUCACUGUCCAGGACGAAUGGACCCUGGAACUUGAGAGCUCCCAGGAUGUGCCAGAAGAGCUCGGUGUACACAGGGCACUGCCUGAGUCCUCCCUGCCCAACCUGCUCAGUGGAAAUUUCACCGAUUCCUUGGUGUCUUUCUCAGCUGAGAUUUUGUCACGGACAGUGUGUGAGCCGCUCCUGGCCCCUUGCUGGACAAAGCCUGGGAACACUCGGGCCCUGAGAAGGUGUGUGAAGCUAACCGUAGCUCUAGAGCCUGCUAACUGUGAAUUCCCCCCUCACUUGGACAUCUACAUGGAAGAACCACACUUUCCUGUCCCACUAGGGCUCCUGCCAGGAGCUCAAGUCCACUUCAGCCAGCUGGAGAAGAGGGUUUCCAGAUCCCACAAUGUUUACUGUUGUUUCCAGUCAUCUACUUAUGUGCAGGUCCUGAGUUUUCCCCCGGAGACCACAGUCAGUGUUCCCUUGCCCCACAUCUACCUGGCUGAACUUCUACGAGGUGGACGGGCCCCAUUCCGGGCCACUGCCUCUUGCCACGUGGUUUCUGUCUUCAGCCUUCAGCUCCUGUGGGUGUGUACUCAUUGUAGCAGUGUCUGUCCCCAGGGAAGGUGCACUCGUCAGGGCUCCACUUGCCCCACCCAGACGUCAGUAAGCCAGGCCAGCAUCAGGCUUCUGGUAGAGGAUGGGACUGCUGAAGCCAUGGUGACCUGUAAAAAUCAUCAUGUGGCAGAAGCACUAGGUCUGCAUCCUAGUGAGUGGACUUUGGUCCUAGAGUGUGCCCGAGGGCCAGGGAGAGUGGCCUUGCAGUUUACACAGCCUGGAGCGCAAAUGGAGUCUUCAGCCAAGAUGGGUGAGCCUUUGACACUCUUCCUCAGGACACUUUGUACUAGUCCCUCUGUCCUCCGCCCUAUUGUGCUUUCUUUUGAGCUUGAGAAGAGACCCUGUAAUAUCACCCCACUAGAACCUCCACGACUACAGCGGUUCCAGUGUGGAGAGCUCCCUCUCCUGACAAAGAUGAAUCCCAGGCUCCGACUGGCCUGUCUUUCUAUCCAGGAGCCAGAGCACCCCGGCUCCCUGGGGGCCUUUGCCUCCUGUUGACCUGAGCUUCAAAGAUGGCCUGGAAGUUCUUUAUCCUUUCCUGGGACCCUUGAGGGCUGGGUUCCAGCUCCAUCCUCUUGUGGCACCUUCACUUUCUAUCACUGAACCCCAUAUCUUUUGGUUCACAAAUUGCUACCCUACUGUAACUUAUUCUGGUGCCAGGCUUUCUGGGGUUGGUGUGGGAACAGCAAAUCAUGGCAGUUAAUAUUUCCUCUGAUUGGGGUCAAGUCACCUACACUCACAGGUGGCAGUAAGCAGCUUUUGUGCCAGCAACCAGCAGAACCAAAGACUUGCCCCCAUGAGGGUGCAGGUCACAGGCCUUUUGGCCUCCAAUAAACCUCUCUGGGGAUGUUUCUCUGUAU